UUCGUUUGUCAUCAGUGGCAUGAAGCAGUGAAUAUAAAGAGACUCCCGGAUGGAUGGGUGGAAGAAGUGUGUGGUGGCAGUGUUGCUGGUGGCACUGCUGCUAGCCAGCCAGCUGCCUCCGGUCGGUUCGAACGCAACCGAAACACGACCAAAGUCCGGUGGUCGCGAUCGUGCCGCCGCUACGGCCAUUGCGUCCCUAUCGUCGGCUUCGAUAGCGGCCGCACUAGCCUCACGCAACGCAGCCAGCAAUGGCAACAACAACAGCAACAGCGGAACCGGAAGUGGCAGUGGAAGCGGAAGUGGUAACCCGACGGGUGGCAACGGUGGGAAAUGUAAUAUCGCCCAGUUGCGCUGCGCCAACGGGACCUGCAUACCGUCGUCAAAAUUCUGCGACGGCAAUUUCGAUUGCCUUGAUAAGAGCGACGAGCCGAAAUCUUGUACAGCAUGCAACCGUACACUCCACGGUGAGGCCGGAAGAACGUACGAGCUACAAAUACAGAACCCCCACGGCGUGUAUCCGUUCGUGUGUCACCUAAACUUUACCGCGACGGGAGGCCUCUACGGUGACAUUGUGCAGUUAAAUCUGGCCAAGUUUAGCAUUGGCAAAUUCGUGGAAAACUUCCACGAUCCCAAGCAGCAUGGUGAGUGUAUGGAGGGGUUCAUGACCAUCAGCGAGCAGGGUAUGCCAAAUCUGGACGGCAGAUGGUGUGGGACGGCAUCCGGCUACACGAUAUACUACAGCGAAACGCGAUCGGUCAACGUGACGCUGAGGCUGGACAAACUGCCGCAGGCGAGCAGCAGUGUGUCGAAUGGGUUCGAAUUUCGGCUUGUCUACAAGUUUCUGAGGCACAGCGAUGCAAAGCUAAGGAACGACAACCGGAUAUGGAACGGAGAUCUCGUACCCGGCAGCUACUGCAAUCGCAACUUUUAUGACUGCGACAAAAGGACCUGCCGAAUACGAUCGCCCAACUAUCCCGGCAUUUAUCCACGCAAUUUAACAUGUAAAUAUUAUAUUAAUCAUCGGGCGCCUCCGAGCGGUCUGCACGCGAUGAUCGUUCUCCGGCAGCCGGACGGGCAUAAAUUAAACAUGAAGGAGCAGGCGACACACCACGAGGCGAACAACCGGAUUUUAAGGAGCUGGGAGCAGUGCGAUGAGGCCCAGGACUAUCUUAGCAUUUACGAUGGUGCGGCACCGGAAGCACCGACCAUUGGAAGAAUUUGUGGUGGAGACGUCCUGCCGGAUAUUGUGUCGAGCGGGCCGGAGAUGCGUGUCGAGUUCCACACGUCUCCGUUCGAUGUACCGUUCCAUCCGAAUCCGGUCACCUUUCUGCCAGGCUUCGAGCUUGAAGUUCACGUUUUGUACGUGAAUUCCAACUCGCAAUCGUACAUCCGGCAGCCGGGACGCUGCGAGUUCAUUAUCAGUGCGUUCGAGAGCCAAACGGGAGAGUUAGAGAGUCCGCAGCACACGCUGCCACCGGAAAGCUCUUGUCUGUACCACUUCCAGGGCCGCCGGCACGAGACGGUUUGGGUAUCGUUCAUCAAGUACCAUUCGGCCAUCGAUCCGACCGGGUUCGAGUCACCGGCCGAGUGUGUGACGCAGCUCCGCAUCUGGGACGGUCGAUGGUCGGUGACGUCGCGUCCGUACGUUUUUUUAGGCGCACCACCAGACUAUCAACGGAACGCGAGCUUGAUCGAGCAGAUCUGUCGCGAGGAGGUGCCGAGACUUUGUUCGCGCUCGUUGGUCGCUAAGGGUAGUCGACCCUGUUCAACGCAAGAGAGCUAUCUUUCAACUGGAUCAGACUUAACGAUUGAGUAUCGUCCAAGUCCAAUUGGAACCGCCCGUCUAUAUGGUCCAGCAUCUGCGUUUAAGUUGAGGUACGAGUUUGUGGAUAAUUCUCUUGGAGGAGCACCAUUGGAACCGCUGGUAGCUCCAUCAGCGAUGCCAGAACCAGCCGCAUUGGUGCAGUUCCAUCCGAAGUCUUGCGAUCGUGUCUUUCGCUCGUCAUCAGCAUCGCGUGGAAUUUUCCGUUCGCCCUCCAACGUUUUCAUGUAUGGUCGAGGUGGUUCUCCGAACAUUUCCUGCAUUAUCCGGUUCGAAGCGAGCGGUGGCGAAAGCGUCAGACUAACGAUCACCAGAGCACGGUUCGGUGGAAGAUCGUGUCAAAAUCUUCAAAAUCGCUCCGGCCGCUGGCACUGCAACCAUCAUGGUGGUCCAGUGUCUGACCUUCGCAUCAGUGAAGUGCCAUGGACAGACGUAUCACCGCUACCGCGUGAUUGCCUUUGUUCGGAUGUUUCCGGUUCGAUCACGCUAGCUCCGCUAGCGGCAAGCAUUUUGGAGGUAAAGUUUACCACUCUACAGAUGGAGGUGGAUCAAGAUUUCCGUGACUUUUACUUCGAGGGUCGGUACGAGUUUGCACGUGAUGGGUGCGAAACGGAUUGGUCCGAGCGGAGGCUUCGUGGACGGAGUGGCGAUGCGUACCUAAAGCCUACCCCAUGCCCUGCGCUUAUACAACCAUGGUUACUUGAGCCAGAAACGGACAGUAGCUAUUUGGUGCUGAAGUUGAAGGGAUUCUGGAUGCCUCCAUUACUUCAAUCAGCACCACCUUGCCCAACGGAUGCUCGUAUUACUGUGUACUCUACAAACAAUCCGAAGAAUUCGCGAGAUCUUUGUCCAUCUGGGCCGGAUGUGGUAGCGUUUUCGGAUGGUUGGGACCGUGCGUAUGAGUUUAGUGCAAUGGAAAUUUCCAAGAGUUUGAUUAUUGAGUUCAAGAGUCCUCGGCGACCACCGGUGGAGCUGGUCGAGUACAAGUUCUCCUGGAUGGAGAUCUUCCCGGCGCACGAUUGUCCGCACCGGUGUCAGGAGCUGCAAGCUUGCAUUCCCUCGGAGCUGUGGUGUGAUGGGAAGGUACACUGUCCGUCGGGUCAGGAUGAGAGUCCCACAGAGUGUGAUCUUCGAUUGCCCCUAUCGCCACUGCACGUAGGUCUUGCAGCUGCCACACUAACGCUUGUUCUCUCGUUGGCGGCCGGACUAACUGCCUGUGCUCGUCGUAAGCGUGGCGAAAAGAAGCACCUGCAAAGUGUCCAUCUGGAUGCAGCUGGUCGGGGAGGGUAUGGACAACCACAUCCACAUCACGGGACAGGAGGAUAUCCGCACGCCAACCAUCACCUAACGUCAAGUCAUGCACUGACGCCACUCUACCUGGACCCGUCCAAGGAUAGUUUCUGUUGACAGGAACUGGAGACUUCGGUGUAGCCAAUGCCGAAGUCGUCGCAGGACUUUUACUACUUCGCGUUCAACACCGCCCACCC